CCACAAGUACUACUUUCAUCAUAAAUCAUCAUGUCUCUUCAAGGCAAAAUCAUCGCCAUCACCGGCGGCGCAUCCGGCAUUGGCCUCGCAACUGCUAAACUCGUCGCCUCGCGCGGCGCAACGCCCUGCAUCGCCGAUAUCUCUGACCCCGCCCUCGCGGCAGCCGCCGCCCACUUCUCCGACGCCGACCUUGCACACUCAGUCGCCAAAGUCGACGUAGCAAACAGAAAAGAUGUUGAUGAGUGGAUUUCUGGGAUUGUCACACAGUACGGCCGUCUAGAUGGAGCCGCCAAUGCUGCUGGUGUGAUUGGCAAGAACCAUUCUGUCGGAUCGGUUGCCGAGCUGGAGGACGACGAGUGGGAGCGUAUCAUUGGCAUCAACCUUACAGGGUGCAUGUAUUCGCUGAGGGCACAACUUAAAGUUAUUGCAGACAAAGGGUCCAUUGUAAAUGUUGCCUCGAUUCACGGCACAAACGCCCAAGCCUAUCAUGCUGCAUAUGGUGCUAGUAAGCAUGGCGUCGUAGGAUUGACUAAAGCAGCCGCAAAAGAAGUAGGAAAACGAGAAAUUAGAAUCAAUGCCGUGGCUCCUGGUGCCAUUUACACGCCCAUGAUGCAGCAGGCUUGGGAUCAGCUGGGCCGUGCGGUCGAUGCGCCGUUUGACGACCCCAGUGCGAUUCAACGCCAAGGCACACCGGAAGAAGUAGCACAGGUAAUUUGCUUUCUGCUAAGUGAUGAUAGCAGUUUUGUGACUGGUAGCGUUUACGCAGUGGACGGCGGAUGGAUUUAAAGAGAUGAUGGAGAUAUCAUGGAAAAUGUAAAAUCUUGUUAUGUAUUCUGGUUUCUAAAUAAUCUGCUGCAUCAAGCCAUAAACGCCAAUAAACGAUAAAAACAUAAGAAAUAGAUAAGAAUGUGAUCAGAUGCUCCGCGUUGCUCUAACCCACCCAGCGACGAGCGCUGCGGAACAUGCGGAUCCAAGGACCGUACUCUCCCCACUGCUCAGCAGAGCCCAUGGGAGCGUAACUGGUGACGGGCGACAGGACAGUACGCUCGGGGUGAGGCAUCAUGGCAACGACACGGCCGUCCUUGCUGGCGACACCGGCAACACCGCCAGGGCUACCGUUGGGGUUGAAGGGGUACGUCUCCGUAGUGUUGAGACGGUUGUCGACGUAGCGGAUGGGGAUCAUGCCGCUGUCAGUAAGGUCCUGGAGGGCGUUGGGGGAGUUGAAGAGGGCGCGGCCUUCACCGUGGGAUACUACGACGGGAAGAGUUGAGCCGUUCAUGCCGUGGAAGAAGACAGAAGGCUGCGACGGGUUCUCCUCAACCUUGACCAUGGAGUAACGGGCCUCGAACUGUUGGGAGAUGUUGUCGACAAAGUUGGGCCACUGCUCAGCGCCAGGGAUGAGCUCCUUGAGACGGGACAGCAUCUGGCAACCGUUGCAGAUACCGAGGGCAAAGGUAUCAGGGCGCUGGAAGAAGUUGGCAAACUCUUUGCGAGUGGCAUCGUGCAUGAGAAUGGACUUGGCCCAGCCCUGACCGGCACCGAGGACAUCACCGUAGGAGAAACCACCAGGGCAAGCAAGACCAACAAAGUCAGCGAGGGUGCGGCCGCCGAGGAUAUCGGUCAUGUGGACGUCAACAGGUUCGAAGCCAGCAGCCUUGAAAGCAAAGGCAAGCUCGGCGUAGCCGUUAACACCUUGUUCACGCAGGACAGCAACACGGGGAGCCUUGCUGAAGAAGUUGGUGAUGGAGCUGGCGAGGGGUAGGAUGGUGUCCUUGGGCUCGUAGGUAAGCUUGUAGGUGAUACCAGGGUCCUGGUUGUCGGCAAUGGUGGCGUACUCAGAGUCGGCGCAGGCAGAGUUGUCACGGAUGCGCUGCAUCUGGUACGAAGUCUUGCUCCACCACUGCUGCAUCUCGGGGCGGCCAAGAGAGGCAAACUCAACACCAGCAUGGCGGAUAGUGAGGCUCUGGUUGCUGGAAGCCUUAACAACACCAAACUUGCGGAUAAGACCAGCAGGAGGACCGCAAGUAGCAAAGCAGCGCUUGAAGUUGAUUUCAUCCUCGGCGCGAACCUGGAAAACAGCGCCGAGUUCUUCGUUGAAGAGAGCGUCAAUCAUGUCAGCAGCGCUGCCAGACUUGGAGAUACCGUCGAGCAUGAUAUCGGCACCGCAACGACCGGCAAACAUCAUCUCAGCAACGGUUGUGAGUAGACCACCGUCGGAUCGGUCGUGGUAGGCGAGCACAACGCCGCUCUUGUGCAGUUGAGACAAAGCAUCGUAGUAGUCAGUGAUGAGGUCAAAGUUCUUCAUGUCAGGAGCCUCGUUGCCAAGUUGGUUGAGGGACUGGGCAAGAGCGGAGCCGCCCAUAGCCUUGCGACCCUCAGCAAGAUCGACGAACAAGAGAAUGGUCUCGCCAACAUCCUCAACACGCUUGAGCUGAGGAGUCCAAGUAGUGGUGAUGUCCUCAACAACAGCAAAUGCGGUAAUGGCGACUGAGACAGGGGCGGUGACACUCUUGGCCUUACCAUUGUCUCUCCAUACUGUCUUCAUGGAAGUGGAAUCCUUGCCGACAGGAAUACUAACAUCAAUGGCAGUGCAAAUCUCCAUAGCGCUUUGAACAGCUUCGUAAAGAGCGGCUCCCUCGCCGGGGUGGCUAACAGCAGCCAUCCAGUUGGCGGAAAGCUUGACUCUCUUCAGGUCAUCAAGGACAUCAGCAGCACCCAAGUUCAUGAGGGCCUCAGAAACAGCCAUGCGAGCCGAAGCGGCAGGGUCAAUGAGGGCAAGCGUGGGCUUCUCACCCAUGGCCAUGGCUUCACCAGUCUUGCUCUUGCCACCAACUUGGAAAGAAGUAGCAGUGACGGCAACGUCGGCGACGGGUGUUUGCCAAGGCCCAACCAUUUGGUCACGAGCAGUCAGACCACCGACAGUGCGGUCACCAAUGGUGAUGAGGAAAGACUUGGAUCCGACGGCAGGCAUGAGGAAGACGCGCUCAACAGCUUUUCUGAGAAGCUCUGAGUCGCUCACGGCACCAUAAGCCUUUUGCAGGCUGGCGUAGGCGUCGAAAGGAGCAAGAGCGGGCUUGACUGAAGUAACGGUACGCUUUAGUUGGCGCUUAGGAGGGAACAGAGCGUCCAUGGGGAGAUCAAUGGGACGGGGGUAUUCGUUGGAUUCUCUGUCGGUAAGAACCAGUCUAGAGCCGGCAUCAGUGUUCUUGGAAACAACGGUACCAACAUCAGAGAAGCCGCAGCGUUCUCUGCGGCAGAUGCUGGUGAAGCGGUUCAUGCCUUCAGCGUUGAUAAGGAGCACGUAACGCUCCUGAGCUUCAUUGCACCAAAUCUGAAGAGGAGACAUGCUGCGGUCAGCACUCUCAACUUGGCGAAGCUCGAAGUUGCCGCCAAAACCGGCAUCCUGAACAAGCUCAGGAAGGGCGUUGGAGAGACCACCGGCACCAACAUCGUGAAUCAUGGCAAUGGGGGUGUCGAUACCCAAGCUGACACAGGUGUUGAUAACCAUUUGAGCACGGCGCUCCAUUUCAGGGUUGCCACGCUGGACACUGUCAAAGUCAAGGUCGGCAUUGCUCUCACCAGAGGCGUUACUAGAAGCAGCACCACCACCGAGACCAAUCAACAUGGCAGGACCACCAAGAACAAUGACGUGGGCACCGUCGCGAACAAAAUGCUGCUCCUUGAGAGCAUGUUCAGGGCGAACAGUACCAACACCACCAGCAAUCAUAAUGGGCUUGUGGUAUCCACGCCAGUCGGCGACAUCCUUUGAUUCCGCAGUAGUAGUAGCGUCAGCGGGAGUGAGGAGGGUGCGGAAGCAGCCAGCAAGAGCAGGUCUGCCGAAUUCGUUGUUAAAGCGAGCACUACCAAUGGGAGCCUCAAGCAUGAUGUCCAAACUGCUAGCAAAAUGAGCGGGACGACCGACAUCGUUCUCCCAAGGGGCACGCUGAUCGGGGAUCAGAAGAUCGGAGACCCAGAAACCGGAAAGACCGGCCUUGGUGACAGAGCCACGGCCAACAGCACCCUCGUCACGAAUCUCACCACCGGAACCAGUAGCGGCACCAGGGAAAGGUGAAAUAGCGGUGGGGUGGUUAUGGGUUUCGACCUUGGCGAGGAUGUGGACGACUUCGGGAGUGAGCUUCCAUGCGCCGGUGCUGAAGUCGGGGGCCCAGUACUGAGCAGCCUCGCCCUGAAUAACGGCAGCGUUGUCGCUGUAGGCUGAGACGGUGAAGUCGGGAGUCCUCUUGUGGGUUUCGCGAAUCAUCUGGAACAAGCUCUUGUCCUUGUCGACGCCGUCGAUGUUCCAGGCCGAGUUGAAAACCUUGUGUCGGCAGUGCCUGGUGUUGUUAGUCCGGUUGCCCUAUGAAAACUUAUACACAUGUUACUUACUCAGAGUUGACCUGGGCAAACAUGAAAAGUUCGACAUCGUUGGGAGAACGGCCGAGCUUGGUGAAGACAUCAACGAGAUACUGCAUCUCGGCAUCGUCCAAGCUGAGGCCCUUUUCCUUGUUAAAGGCACCGAGAACUUGGAGAGGCUCCUUGCCUUGCUCAAAGAUGUCCACGACGGUAAGAGGAGCAGGUGAGCCCUCAGCAAACAUGUCGUCCAUGGCAGGGGGAGUGAAGUCGAAGAUUUCGGUCAUGCGAUCGUGGAGGAUGUCGCGGAAAGCAGCAAUGCGCUUGUCGUCGGCUGCGGUGUCAAACUCAAUGGUGAUGUACUUGCCGCGCUCCAGGCGGUUGACGGAAUCCUUCAUGCCACAGACGUGAGCAAUGCUGGUAGCCUUGGAGCUCCAUGGGGAAAUGUAGCGAGGGGUCGAGUAGAUGGCUGUUGUGGUAGCGUUGGUUUCGGCAGAGACAGGCUGGUGGCUGUCGAGCUGGAGGAGUUGCUGGAUGUGCUGGAGGACCUGGGCGUUGGACACCUUGAGGUCAAGGUAGUACACCCAUUUGCCCUCAAUCUUCUUAACAGCGACACCAGUAGCCUUGGAAAUUCGGGUCGUAAGAUCCUGAAUAUCAGCAGCGGUGUAGCAAGAACCGCCGACAAUCUGCUGGCGAACCAUGAUGAUGUUGGCGGGGGAGGGGCAAAAUGCAGCCCGUCCUAGAUGAUCAAGUGUAUGAAUUGUUGUCUUUUUCA